AUGGCGGAGAAAGCUGCGGGCGGCGACGAGGCGGGCGGCGUGAUGGCGCUGCUGGAGCGCGUGGCGGCCCUGGUGGACGGCGUGCAGGCGGCGCAGACCCGGAUGGAGGAGCGUCAGACGGAGCUGGAGAACACGGUGAAGAACAUCCAGAGCGACAUCAUCAAACUGACCAACGAUCACGCCAACAGCAGCGCCACCGUCACGCGCCUCCUCGAGAAGACGCGCAAAGUCAGUCGCCACAUCAAGGACGUCCGGGUCCGAGUCGAGACCCAGAACCUCCGGGUCAAGAAGGUCGAGGCCACACAAGGAGAUCUGCUCGCCAAGAACAAGUUCAGAGUCGUCAUCUACCAGGGCGAUCAGGAGGUGAAGACGGUGGCGGCGGGCAGCGAGCCGGCGGAGGGAGGCGCCGCCGCUCCUCCUCGUCACGUGGAGCCCGAUAAGUUCGAGCUCCCGCCGGAGUCGGACGAGGAGUACAUGGUGGUGGAGGAGGCGGACUCUUCGGCCGCCACACGCAUGAAGAAGAGCGGCCUGACGCGCAUCGAGAGCUUCAAACACACCUUCUCCAAAGAAAACCUCAGCAAGACCCGCGACAACCUGGGCUCCAAGGUCAACAAGCUGGGCGAGCGCAUCGUGACGGCCGAGCGCAGGGAGAAGAUCCGACAGUCUGGGGAGAAGCUGAAGGAGAAACUGACCCUGAAGAAGGAGCGGACGGUGGCGGAGGGGCAGGAGGGCGCGGAGGGCGGAGCCGACGCCGCGCAGCCCGUAGCGCCGCCUAAAGGCCGCAAAGGGACGCCCCUGGCGGCCGAGGGAGAGGCCAAAGCCGAGGAGGCGGCCGAGGUCCCGAUGUACGACAUGAAGCAGCUGUCGUAAAGAGAAGCGCCGACGGACCAGAACUGGAGACCUGAUGGUCACGAGGCGAGAGGAGCGGAGGUUCUGCAGGUGACGUCACGACCUCCGGAACUUUGACAUUUUCUUCUGUAAAUGUGAACGAGCUGCUACACGAGGAAAAGUCGACAACUCUGCUCAAUAUUUACUUUGUUCCUGACGUCGAAUCCAGAAAAUCAAGUCAACGGAAGAAAAACAGUGAAAGUUAAAGGUCCCACAUCACACAAACUCUGAGCUUU